AUGGGUAAACAAGUAAUCCACUACCCAAGUACCAUCAACUUCUCGCCUGAGAACAACCAUACAGCAACAUUCGAGGUCGUCAUCGAGUCUCGGUUUCUUGGUGUUACUCAUUUGAAUGUAACCGUCGGUGAUGAAGUUCUGCCAGGCUAUCCCCUUCGUCUUCUUCGGUCGGAUCGAGAAGCCCAAGUAACGAAGUAUUUUAACAUCUUUCUAGGAAUCUUCAUAUUCAUCAUUUCAACAAUGAUGGGAACUCAGCUGGAGCCAAAACGGAUCAUCGGCAUCGCUCGUAAACCAAUUGGUCCCACAAUUGGAUUUUUCUGUCAAUUCUUGGGAAUGCCAACGAUUGGUUUUCUGGUGGCCAAUUUCGGUCUCCCAGACGACGCGAACUCGUUAAAAAUGGCACUGUUCGCCACGUCCACCUGUCCAGGUGGAGGGAAAAGCUCAUUUUGGACCAUCAUUUUCAGUGGAAAUCUUGAUCUCUCCAUUUCAAUGACGUUCACACAGACAUUGGCUGCUCUAUUUAUGAUGCCGUUAUGGAUGUCAACACUCGGACGACACUUCACAGAUGCACAUGUUCGAAUACCUUUUCUUAGGAUAGUUGAAGGCUUGGUCGCAUUCAUGGUCCCAACGACUAUGGGCAUGAUUAUCACGCACUAUCGCCCACAAUAUAUUCCAUGCAUUCACAAAUGGAUUAAGAGAGUCUCCUGGUGCGCUAUGAUAGUGCUUUCAAUAUUUGCAAUCUAUUCCAACUAUUAUAUCUUCUGGCUGAUUACAUGGCGAAUAGUGUUGUGCGGUUGCGCUCUACCAUGGCUUGGAUACAUUACCGCUUUCAUAGUGGCACUUCUACUUCGACAACCGUUCAAGGAUGCUCUCACAAUAGCUAUCGAGACAGGAAUUCAGAAUAUCGGUAUUGCUAUGUUGUUGAUGGUAUGGUGUCUACCCGAACCCGAGUCGGACAUUGCCGUUACGAUCAUCUUCGUUACAGCCAUUAUGACCGAUAAGCCAUUGGUGAUUAUAUGGCUGAUUUCAAGACUCUAUAAGCGAUGCUGUAAACGGGAUACCGUCGGACAGGAAGAUAACGAUCUCGAAAAAAGGAAAAUUGGCGAAAUGUCCACAUCAACUAUUACCACUCAGUUAUCCUCAUUAGAGCCUGAUCCAGUGGUGAAAGGCAAUAAUUUCGGCAUGAAGCACUGGUAA